AAUAAAUUAAAUUUGGUUGGCACGAUUUUGUAAAGAUUAUCACAAAUGAAAUCGUAAAUAUUAGUGGGAUAAAGAAAAAUAAACAACUGGUUUUAUAAAACAAGUUUUGUAAAACCAAAAUACUCCAUGAUUAAAUUUAAUGAACUUAUUUCUUGUUGAUUACGGGGUACUGUUGGUCUGACUGACUUUCAAAAUGAGGAUAAGAAGAUUGUCUGCAGUUUUCUGGGCGACUUGUAUAAUUGCCUUCAUUUUCAUUUUAUAUGUCGUCACCGACUUAAGUUUUAAGUUGCCAAGUAUAAAGCCGGUUGUAGUGGACGUUGACAAUAAAUGGACAUCAUUUGAGUCUAAAUUACUACACUUGGAGAAAGAGCUCAACGAACAUCAUGCAGUUGUUGGUGAAAUCAAGACUGCUGUAGAGCAGAUUGUUGAAAAGUCACAUGAGGUUUAUGUGCAACCAAAAAGACUGAGAACACCAAAAAGAGAGAAUAAAAUCAGAGAAUUUAAAGUUGUGGGAGAUGAACCUCCAAAAAUGCGUAUAAAGUUGAAUGCCUCGACAUGUCCUAUAAACCAGGCAACAUCGAAGACAGAUAUCCAGAUGCUUUCAAUGUAUGAAAGGAUAAUGUUUGAUGAUAAAGAUGGUGGUGUGUGGAAACAAGGAUGGGAAAUUGAAUAUAAAGAUGAGCAAUGGAAUCAGAAAAACAAGUUGAAAGUGUUCAUUGUACCACAUUCACAUAAUGAUCCAGGUUGGAUCAAAACAUUUGAAAACUAUUAUAAAACACAAACAAAGGCAAUCUUUACAAAUAUGAUGGAAAAGUUAAUAGAAGGUGUUGGAAGGAAGUUCAUUUGGGCCGAAAUCAGUUAUCUUUCAUUGUGGUGGAAUUCUGAUGCUACUGAGAAAGAAAAAUCUAUUUUCCAAAGAUUACUGAAUUCAGGCCAGUUAGAAAUUGUAACAGGAGGCUGGGUUAUGAAUGAUGAAGCAAAUUCACAUUGGAUUUCAAUCAUACAGCAACUCACAACAGGUCAUCAGUGGCUUAUGGACCAAUUUGGGUAUAUACCAAAGAAUGCCUGGUCAAUAGAUCCAUUCGGUUACUCCAGUGCACAACCAUAUUUAUUAAAGUUGGCAGGCUUUGAGAAUUCUGUGAUACAAAGGGUUCAUUACAGAGUUAAGAAAGAAUUAGCCUUGAAUAGACAGUUGGAGUUCAAAUGGCGUCAGUUAUGGGAUGGUAAUGGUAAAACAGACAUGUUUACUCACUUGAUGCCUUUCUAUUCUUAUGAUAUACCUCAUUCUUGUGGACCAGACCCUAAGAUAUGUUGUCAAUUUGAUUUCAAAAGAUUGCCCGGCAAUGGUGUGACUUGUCCUUGGGGAAUAGCGCCUAGGAAAAUUAUACAGAAAAAUGUAGCUGAAAGGGCAUUCUUGAUACUGGAUCAAUGGCGUAAGAAGGCACAACUGUACCGCAGUAAUGUGCUCAUGUUCCCUCUGGGUGAUGACUUCCGCUACGACCGCGCCAACGAGUGGGACAACCAGUAUCAGAAUUAUGAGGCUAUUAUUGAUUAUAUUAACAAUAAGGAUUCUUGGAAUGCUGAGGUACAAUUUGGUACACUUGAAGACUAUUUCAAGGCAGUUCACGAGGAAGUAAAGAUGUCAGACUUCCCGGUGUUGUCCGGUGACUUCUUUACAUAUGCAGAUAGGAAUCAGCACUACUGGAGCGGGUAUUACACGUCCAGACCAUUUUAUAAGAACAUGGAUAGAGUUCUUAUGGCAUAUGUUAGGGCAGCAGAAAUAAUAACAGCGCAGGCGUGUUCAAGUCAGGCGGUGAGUUACAUAAUGUCGCUGCAGCUGCGGGACCGCGUGGAGCAAGCUCGCCGCGCGCUCGCACUCUUCCAGCAUCACGACGGCGUCACCGGCACCUCACGCGACGAGGUCCGCGAGGACUAUGCCAAGAAAAUGUUACAAGCUAUAAAAUACAGUCAGUCAGCAAUCCAACAGGCCGCUUACUAUCUACUCAAACAACCAGCCAUAUUGGAGCAGACGCAAGAAGAUAUUUACUUUGAUGUGGACGACAUCUGGAGGAAACACGACGAAAUACCAUCUCGCAUCACAAUAGCUUUAGACGCCAUGUCUCCCUCACGAAGACUGGUGUUUUAUAACGCGCUGGCGUUUAGAAGACAGGAGAUUGUCACUGUGCUCGUCUCUACGCCGCAUGUUGAGGUUUUCGACCCCGAAGGCAAUCCGAUAAUGUCUCAAGUAUCGCCGGUUGUCUCUGGCGAGCGUCGUCUCGGGUUCGCAGCCAACAAGUUCCAGCUCUCCUUCCCUGUUACCGUCGAUCCUCUCGCACUCACAGUAUAUUCCGUCUCACUCAGAGACAGCAUGAGUAUCAAUAAAUAUACUUCAUUCUCUAAAGUCCGCAUCUACAACGCCGACUACUGGAACGUGGACUUGCCCAAGAUGUUCGCAGUAGAACAGCCCACAGAGCGGCUGGCGGAUGACAUCACAUACCGCGCAGGUGAUAGCACACGAGUUGUCACCAACAUGAACGGACUCAUCAAAGCUAUCAUCCCACCAGGCGGCGCCACUGUGCCCGUCCAUAUGGACUUCGCUCACUACGACAGCCAGCGGACGUUAGACAACAAUAGUGGGGCGUAUCUGUUCAUCCCGUCGGGCCCCGCAGAGCCCUUCACGCCGGAGCCCUACCCUGAAAUAGUGGUCACCGAAGGACCCUUUAAGGCCACCCUAUACACCGCCCUCGUCAGCCCUAAAGCUGCUGAAGUCAUGUUAGCGAUAUCAGUAUAUAAUAACCCGUCGUUGCCUCAAGGCGAGGUGGAGAUAUGCAACACCUUCCUCAUAGACCCUCAAGCUGAUGAUUACGAGCUCGCUAUGAGAUUCUCUACAGGCAUCAAGAAUGGAGAUGUCUUCUAUACUGAUCUGAAUGGCAUGCAGAUGAUAAAGCGACGCUACUUCGAGAAGUUGCCGCUGCAGGCAAACUUCUACCCGCUGCCGGCCGCAGCUUACAUAGAGGAUGAGAGCGCACGUCUCACUCUGCUCACCUCCACCGCGCUCGGCUUCGCCGCGCUGCAACCUGGACAGAUUGAGGUGAUGCAAGACAGACGGCUGACGAGAGAUGACAACCGCGGUGUGAACCAGGGAGUGCUCGACAAUGUGCGCACGCGACACACAUUCAGACUGAUUGUUGAACAUGCUGUACCCUGCCAGCGUCCGUCAUCAAGCGCAGUGAGCGGGCAGCUGUCGCUGGGCGCGCACGUGUCCCAGCAGCUGCUGCAGCAACCACUGCUGCGCCUGCACCACGCUGCUGACGAGAACACACCGCGCCCCUCGUACUCGCGCUCCAUUGUCAACGCCGCGGACAUCGUCCUCGCCACAUUUAAUGCACACGUUACCUCAAAGGACAAGGAGGGCAGGUCAAUGCAUGGUAUGGGUGUCACCCUGCAGCGGGUCCACCUCGACUCCUGCUACGGCAACAAGUCCAUCGCCACAUCGUAUCCCGUCGGUGAUGGACAAAUUCGCCUGUCAGACAUGUUGGAUGUGUCAUCAGAGCGCGUAUAUGACAGCUCUCUUACUUGGGUGCGCAUGCGCAGCAUCCUACCCGACGGUGUCAUCACACUCUGUCCUAUGGAGAUACGAUCCGUCUUCCUCAACCAGACACUCAAACGAGUCUGAAUAAUUUGAACUACAUUCUUAUAACUACAGUGCGAUUAAAUUAUUUGGCCCGAUGAGAGCCGCUUUUAAUGUGGUGAAAUGUGAAAUGUUUAUUUAGACACAGAAAAUUACAUACAAGGAUUUUGCAUUUGACAUUAACAGGAGGGCGCUAAAGCGAAAUUGUAAUUUAGUUCUCACGUGGCCACCGGGUCAGAUAAGUUAAUAGGUCUAUAAUGGUGUCAUCUAAAUUUGACAAUAGUGUGCAUUAAAAUAACAGAUGUUAUCGUUGUAUAAUGCGGGACGUAUGCAUUUGUUGACAGAUUUAUUUUUCAACACUUAUUUGUGUAUACACCCGUCACCCACGCGUUGUAGCCGCGGCGAUGCGUUAAGCGAUAUAUCUAUAU